GGUAGACGGGGGGGGGGGCCUAGGAGGAAGAGGAAGCAGAUGCAUGGCUACUUUGCACACCUCAGCUCUGCCACUGCACCCUGAUGUCUCACUCUUUCCCUCUUUAGACUUAGGGACUCCCCACAUGCUCCCUCCACCCCAGACUCUUCUCCCUCUGAGCACCAUGUUUUAUGCAAUUUCUUUCCACUUUUGAUUUUUUUAAAAAAAUUAUUCGGAAAAGUAUACUGGUUUAAUGAUGCAGACUCGCUCCAUGGAGUAUCAAACCAGGAUUUCCUGUAGGAUUUCUGGGGAUCUCCCUGAGCUGGGAGGGAGUUCCUCCCAUGGAGAAAUCAAGAUGUAAUUUUAGAAGGGGGCAGAUAUAAAAGCUGAAAUCAGAUUGAAAAUACAGGGAUUUCUCCAGUCCUGGCUGUGGCUUCAGCACAGCAAAGUUAGCUGGAGCUGAGAGAGUUCCUGGGAGUGCAGCUCUCCUUUUCUGGGCCCCAAGGCCCUGCUCGGGGACAUUCACCCUUCCUUCACCCUCAAAUCAGUUCCCUUACGUAUAUAUUUUUAAAAGAAAUCCAAGUCUUACUUUCAAAGCACACACUUAGUCUCAACUAGGGAAUCAACAGAAGCAGAAGCGAUUUUUUUCCCCCUUCUUGACAUCUGGCUUGCGAUUGGCUGGGAGGGGGUCAGCUGACUUUGUCAUUUUGUCUGUCCUGGAUUGGAGCCGUCCCUAUAACCAUCUAGUUCCGAGUACAAACUGGAGACAGAAAUAAAUAUUAAAGAAAUCAUAGCCCGACCAGGUAAAGGCAAAGGGAUGAAUUCCUACUUCACUAACCCUUCCUUAUCCUGCCACCUCGCCGGGGGCCAGGACGUCCUCCCCAACGUCGCCCUCAAUUCCACCGCCUAUGAUCCAGUGAGGCAUUUCUCGACCUAUGGAGCGGCCGUUGCCCAGAACCGGAUCUACUCGACUCCCUUUUAUUCGCCACAGGAGAAUGUCGUGUUCAGUUCCAGCCGAGGGCCGUAUGACUAUGGAUCUAAUUCCUUUUACCAGGAGAAAGACAUGCUCUCAAACUGCAGACAAAACACCUUAGGACAUAACACACAGACCUCAAUCGCUCAGGAUUUUAGUUCUGAGCAGGGCAGGACUGCGCCCCAGGACCAGAAAGCCAGUAUCCAGAUUUACCCCUGGAUGCAGCGAAUGAAUUCGCACAGUGGGGUCGGCUAUGGAGCGGACCGGAGGCGCGGUCGCCAGAUCUACUCGCGGUACCAGACCCUGGAACUGGAGAAGGAAUUUCACUUCAACCGCUACCUAACGCGGCGCCGGCGCAUCGAGAUCGCCAACGCGCUCUGCCUGACCGAGCGACAGAUCAAAAUCUGGUUCCAGAACCGCCGGAUGAAGUGGAAAAAAGAGUCUAAUCUCACGUCCACGCUCUCAGGGGGCGGCGGAGGGGCCGCGGUCGACAGCCUGGGCGGAAAAGAGGAAAAGCGGGAAGAGACAGAAGAGGAGAAGCAGAAAGAGUGACCAGGACUGUCCCUGCCACCCCUCUCUCUCCUGCUCCCUCGCUCCCCGCAACUCCCUCCUAAUCACACACUCUGUAUUUAUCACUGGCACAAUUGAUGUUUGGACUUCCUGAGACAAAAUUAGGGAGUCAAAUAUGGACCUGAAAAGUCAGCUCUGGACCCCCUCCCUCACCGCACAGACUCACAAGGCGCCUCCUCCUCUCCUGCUCCCUCGCUAGCUCGUUCUCGGCUCGUCUGCAGGCCCCUUCCCUCGCCCAGGCCUUGGGGCUCGUGCCUGAACCUCGCUUCAGACUCCACAGAUCUCCCUCCAAACGAGGACUUGGCCUCCCACCCUCUCGGCGCCCCCCAACCCCGCCCCCGCGCAGAGAGCCGGCUCCUGGGCCCGGGGGCCUCCGCUCCCAGGCCUCAGGGCCCGGCGUGGCAGCCGGGGAGGGCGGGAGGCCCAAGUAGGGCGCGUGGUGAUCCCACAGCAACCCCCAGGGCCUGCCCGCAGCCCCCGCCCGGCCCCUCUGCCCCAGCAAAUGCCCAGCCCAGGCGAAUUGUAUUUAAAGAAGCCUGGGGAUCAUUAUGGCAUAUUACAAACUGUGACCAUUUCUGUGUGAAUAUUUUUAGCUGUAUUUGUGGUCUCUGUAUUUAUAUUUAUGUUUAGCACCGUCCGUGUUCCAAUCCCAUCUUAAAAAGGAAAAAAAAAAGAGGGAAAAGUACAAAAAGAGAGAAAAAAUAGUGAAUGACGUUUGUUUAGCCGGUAGGAGAAAAAUAAUAAAUUUUAAAAAUCCCGUCGUGUUACCCUCCUGUAUAAAUCCGACCUCUGGAUCCGUUCUCGAAUAUUUAAUAAAACUGAUAUUAUUUUUAAAAGUU